CUGUUAUCUGUCUCUAUGAGUCAUAAUCAGUACGAGAUAAAAUUGCUAUCAAUCCACCUCAAUUACGGUAUUUUUCUCAUCGUAUCGGCCUGUCUCUUGAAUGCAUCAGCGAUGGGGAGUUCAAACUCGAAGAAAGCCGAUAUUACUCGUGAAAUUCUGGAGGAGUACGCUCACCUCACGUACUUGAAUAAAGCUGAAAUACUUCAUAUUUUUAGGCUCUUCAAGUCUUUGGCUCCCCGUGAACUGGUUGAAAACUUUAACCACCGAUUGCCGGCUCAAGAUAUUCUCAAAGUGCUUCCGCAACUUCGGCACAAUCCAUUCCGUGAAUCAAUUAUUCAAGUAUUUUCAUCCGAAAAUGAUGGAAGAAUGAGCUUCGAGGACUUGUUGGAUUUGUGUUCAGCAUUAUCUGAUAAAUGUCCCGAGGACGUUCGUGCUGGCUGGGCAUUCCGCAUAUUCGAUUUCGACGGUGACAAUCAGCUGUCAAUAGACGACUUGAUCGAGGCAGUGGAGAGAAUAACAGGAUUCGACCACAAUGGCCGCAUUCGAAUAGACAGAAAUAGCGCUGAAUUUGUGGCACAAGCGGUACUCGAGGAAUUGGAUCUCGAUCAGACGGGCAGCGUUGGACUUCAGGAAUUUGUGCAUACCGUUGUUAGGAUGCCGGAAUUUGGACAUACUUUCAGGCUCAAUGCUUGAACAAUUGCUCAAGUCUGUUGAUCAAUUUUUGGAAAUAUUGGAAAUGUAAUUCACAAGUAUUGAAGUAAUUUUGUGUCAUUUUUUUCAACAAUCUCUGAAAGUUAUUAAAACGUCAAAAAUUCAAGUGACUGCGACAAAAUUUGAUUUACGAGAAGAAUUUUAGGGAAAAUUCGAAAAAAAUUCCACAGAAAAUUACUCGUCGGAAAAUUUUUACCGCUAGCGUUGCGUAAAUGUUUUGUUUUUAUUUUUACUUUUUAUCCUCAUGGCUUGGCUGGCGGUAGAUUUCUAUGACGUAAACAAAUAUAUAAAAAACUGAUUGCA